CCAACAUGUCGAUUAUCCGUCACCACCAGUUGAUUGCAACUCAUUUUUUAACAGAGACGCUUACGAGAAAUAUUCGGUUUAUUCAUUUCGUCGAGCAUGCGAGAUUUUUUCUAUGCAUCAAGAAAAAAAAGAUAUAUCCAUUCAAAAACCUGAUAACGUUAUUGAUAAAUCACAAAUAAAUGAGCAAAUCACGAGUCCAAUUAAAAGUGAUGAUGACUUGAUUAUGGAUGAUCAAUGUAGUGAAGAAGAAUUGGAUGAGAUAAAGACAAAGUCAAAAAUGGCUGUACAGGUGGGGUAUAAUUCAAGCUUUCCCACUUUAAAAAGGACGACUGAUUUGACCUCAAUAAAAAGCUCGAAAACUAUUUCAUUACUGCCCGUUAAGGAAACAUCCACAGGACCUCCUUUAAAUUCGAAACAGGAAUUGUCUUCAUCAUCUACAAAGACAGUAUCAAGUAAAGUUGUGUCAGAAAAGCAAUCUGAAGAGGUUGAAUCACAAGAGUCUGUAGAUGUAAUUGGACCAUUCUUGCAACUGCUUGAUAAACAAAGAAAACAAUUAGAAAAGUCCAAUGCGGUUCGAAAUGCUACUAAUUCUGCACCAGUAUCACCCAUUACGGACAGAAGGGCUUCAAACGUUUCUGAUGCGUCAAGUGCAUCAGCAACAUUCAAAACACACUUUUCUUCGAUGUCUGAAGAAGAACACCUCAAAUAUCUUCAACUCAAAACGCUUUCUACGACUAAUCCUACUUUGAUAUCUGAACAAGACAGAAAUUUUCUUUUAAACAUGAAUGAACGUCUUCAAAAAGAGAGAGAGGAAUAUAUUAAAUGGCAAUAUGAUAGAGCUCAAACACGACUUUCAUUCUUAAAUCAAAAUAUAGCUGAUCAUGUAGAGCAUCAUCUUACAUUCAACAGACAACGCGUUAUUAAAGAGUAUCCGCGCUUUUAUGAGCUUAUGUUUACAAUAGGCCUUGCACUUCCGCCUCCAGGCCCUGGAGAACCUACAUUAAAGUUCAAGCAAACAAUAAAAGCAACUGGAACGUGCUAUAAGUUUAGUCUUCAACCAUUACCAAAACCAAUACCUAUAUCUAGGGUCAAAGAAUAUUGGGUACAUGAUAAGGCUUCUGAUACGUUUAAUGCUAGCGAUCCAACUGAUUUGCUAAAUGGUUCGAAGCUAAAUAAAGACAUAGAAAAUGAUAUAAAUAAAACCCUAAUCAGUAAUGAUAACAAUGGCGGAAAAAAGACUGUUCCGCCUGCAGAUUAUUGGCAAAAAAUGUGUAUGCCAGCAGUUAGCAAAGAUCCAUUGAUUCAUUCAAUGGUAGCUCAACACAAAGUCGACGUAGUCAUAUCUUCAAGUGGACUUUGUGCUCUUGUGUCACUACAAGCAUCUUCAGACGUCGAACUCGAGAUACCUAUUUGCGUUACUGAGUCUGAAGCAGAAAAUUCCAUCCUUAAAACUAUAUAUAUUGACAAGCCUCUGGUGGAAAAACGCUUGACACCUAGAAAACGAAAUCAACUCUUUUACGGUGUGGCAUUUGAAAGUCUUGCUUUGAAACAGGGCAUUGAUAUUAAAAAUGUCUUACGUCCAUCAGAGGAAAGUUCGUGCGAUGGACCUAAGAAUGAGGGGACCAACGAUACAAAUGAUUCUGAGAAAUCAAAUGAUAUUCAUUCAGGAAAUUUAUUAUAUAACCUUUGGAGUUUUGGUGAUAUAAAUAUGUUGAUACGUUGUAAAGCUCAUGGAUUUAUUCAAGAACCUGAUAUGGAUAAGAAAGUUAAAAUUCGUAUGGUAGGAAUAAAAACUAAAUUGGAAUACCAAUUGGAUGUUGGAUACGAAGAUAUCACAAAUCUUGAAAGAGCUCGAUGGUGGAUUUAUACUUUUAUCAGAAAUAAUGCACAUUUAAUGCUUGGUAGAAUUAAUGUACUAAACAAUGAAUUAUGGACUAUUGAAAAAAAGCGAAUGGCUGAUAUAAUUCCGGACGGAAAUUGGCCAAGACCUCAUAGCAAGAUGCUUCACUAUAUUUUAAAGAAAUUACAAAGCCUUCCUAAAGGAUCAUAUUUAUUUUCCCAUUUGAAAGGAGAACCACAUGCCACGGUAUUCAAAAGCACUGAUAUUGAUAACAUAGACUUAUCAUCAUCAUCAUCAGUAACAGCCGAUAACAAUCCAUUAAUAAUUGUUCCUGAGGUCACAACACAUUUAUAUGAUCUACAUAAAGCUCAUUCUCAAUCACCUCUUUUAGACAUGGGAACGAUACCAUUUAUACCACUACAAUGGAAUGGACCUCCUAAUCAAAUUCCUUCCACAUUUCCUAUUCGAUCGACUGAUAAAAGACCUUUUUAUUGUUUUGAGUUUCUUAGAACUGGGAAUUGUAGCAAUUUAGAUUGUUCUUUCCCACAUCUUACGAAAGAGGAAUGUGAAGAAACUGGUAUUUUAACCAAUUACUGUUUCGUAUUUGCAGACACAGGAAGGUGUGAUAACCGUAACGAUGAAUUAGAAACACAAAAAUCGCAAGUGCCUUCUAAGCAUAAAGCGCCAUCAGCACCGAAGAAAUCAUCUAAAAAGAAAAAGUCCAAUACAGCGGAUGAUCUUCUGUAUAUUGCAAAUAACAUAAUUGCACCAGAAAUUCGAGAUUUAGAUGACAUGUCCGUUAUAGAAAACAAGGAAUCUAGUGCUAAACCUGAUUUUGACGCAUUGCUAAAAGGAUUCAACCAAUAA